AUGGAGGAGGUGAUGGAGGAGGUGAUGGAGGAGGAGAUGGAGGAGGUGAUGGAGGAGGUGAUGGAGGAGGUGCUGGAGGAGGUGCUGGAGGAGGAGAUGGAGGAGGUGAUGGAGGAGGUGACGGAGGAGGUGAUGGAGGAGGUGAUGGAGGAGGAGAUGGAGGAGGUGAUGGAGGAGGAGAUGGAGGAGGUGACGGAGGAGGUGAUGGAGGAGGUGACGGAGGAGGUGAUGGAGGAGGUCAACAUCUGUGCAGGCAGCUUGGCUUUCCUGAGCUGCCGCAGGAAGUACAUCCUCUGCUGGGCCUUCUUGAUGAGGGAGCUGAUGGUCGGCUCCCACUUGAGGUCCUGGGUGAUGGUGGUGCCCAGGAAACGGAAGGACUCCACAGAGGUGAUGGGGGAGUCCAUCACGGAGGGUGGGGGCGGGGGGACAGUGCUCUUCCUGAAGUCCACAAUCAUCUCCACUGUCUUCUGGGCGUUCAGCUCCAGGUUGUUACCACUGCACCAGGACACCAGCCGGUCCACCUCCCUCCUGUAG